CUCGUGGUCGUCCCUCCGCCUUUCCCUGCCGGCGGCCCGGCCGCGGAGGGGGCAGCGAAGGCUGUGGGAUGGCGGUUAAGGCGGUGUGUGACAGAUGUCCUCCUCUGACAGCUCUCGGUAUCAGCCCAGUGGCUCCCUGCCAUUGGCUCGGUGCAGCCGACCGGCAAGGCAGCUCGCUAUAACAGCACUGUGCCCAGCAGAGGCGGCAGCUCAGACGGCUUCGCCGCGCCCGCCCUGCUCCUCCCCCGGCAGCCCGCUCCCCGCCGGAGGGGCCGCACACACCUCCUCUCACACACACCGGCACAUGCCGCCGGCCCCGGCCCUCCCCGCCCCGCCAAGCCGAGCCGAGGGAGGCCGGCCUGAGCAACCCGCGGGCGGCCGGGGGGCGGCCCCGGCCCCAUUCCCGGCCUCAUGGAGUGCUACUACAUUGUCAUCAGCUCCGCGCAUCUCAGCAACGGGCACUUUCGCAACAUCAAGGGAGUUUUCCGAGGCCCCCUUAGCAAGAACGGAAACAAAACUCUGGGUCAAAUCCUUGGCCAGUACAUGGAACAUCAAGAGACACAGAAAUCAGAGGAUUAUGCUGAAAAGAAAAACACGAUAGCAAAAGCUCUGGAAGAUCUUAAAGCCAACUUCUACUGUGAACUUUGUGACAAGCAGUACUAUAAACACCAGGAGUUUGACAAUCACAUUAACUCUUAUGAUCAUGCUCACAAACAGAGACUGAAGGAGCUGAAACAGAGGGAGUUUGCUCGAAACAUAGCAUCUAAGUCAUGGAAAGAUGAAAAGAAACAGGAGAAAGCCCUUCGACGUUUGCACAAGCUGGCUGAGCUAAGGAAAGAGAGAACGUGUGCUCCUGGAAGCGGCCCUAUGUUCAAAUCUACUACAGUGACUGUGCGAGAUCAUUGCAGUAAUAACCCCCGAAGUGCCAUCACAGAUUCUUCCAACAGUCAGGAUUUAAUGCAUGAUACACAGAAUGGUGAAGAUGUUGCUUCUGUUACUUCUUCCAUUCCUGGAAAUGCAUGUAGUAACAAAUCCGACACUAACAAAUGUGGAGAUCAGGUUCAAGGAGCUCAAGGUCAUAGAGUUGGUUUCUCUUUUGCUUUUCCCAAGAAAGCAGUGGUCAAACUGGAGUCUUCAGCUGCUGUUUUCUAUGAAUAUAAUGACGAGACAUCUAUAGAGCAUGGAUUUAGCAGAAGAAGUAGGUUUGUUCCAGGAGCAUGUAACAUUCAGUCUCCUUCAGUGGCAGAAAUAGUCCUGUGCCCUGAGGAGAAACAUAACUGUUUUCACCCACUGGUGGAAAAAUGCAUAGGCACAGCAGGAACUCCUAAAGCUCAGGAGCCAGAAAAACUGGCUGGUGAAGAAAGCGGUGUGCUAGAGUCUCCUAUCUUAACUCCUGCUGCAUCCCAUUCAAAGCAGCUGGUUUCCUUGGACAUGGGUGGCUAUGGCAUUGAUGUGAAUGCAGCAGACGUUGUGGACCAAAUGCUGCCCAUGGCUGUGGACAGUGCUCGGGUCCUGCCCCUGGACUGCAGCGGGUAUGAGCUGCAGGCCAACAGGGCUCUGGCACAAGCAAUUGUGGAGGACUCUUUAUCUCUGCAGGAUGUUGCCAAGGAAAAUGAUACAGAUAGCAACAGUGAUCCAUCCAUGACUGAAACUGAAAUAAAAAGACUGGUUGCAGAUGUAUCAGUUCCAUCAGCAUCUGAAGAAGGUAGUGGUGGAACCCCACAAAGCAAACUGGACGUGCACAAGAGACCUUGUGAACCUUUUGUUCCUGUUCUUAGCAAACACGGAUCAAAUAUUCUUCAGUGGCCAUCGGAAAUGUUAAUUUACACAAGUACAGACCCAUCAAUUUCUUACAGCUGCAAUCCUUUAUAUUUUGAUUUCAAGUUAUCAAGAGCAACUGGCAGCCAAGAAAAGCCCAAGCAUCAGCCAAACAUACCUCAUUUGCACCAUAAAAGUGAAUCCAACCAUAGCUUAGUCUUGAAUUUUACAAAUAAACCUAUUUCAGAGUGUGGUGAUUAUGAACCAGAAAUCAAUAAAGAUGUGUGUGACUAUACAAUACCCCUUAUAAGUGACAAUUCCCUCCUCAUAAAUUGUGAUUUUGCAAAAAAUCAAAAUAAAGUGUCUUUGGAUGAAUCAUUCAGGAUUAGAAAAAUAGAAAAGUAUCGCCUUUCUAAAAAUCACUUACGACAAAACACUGUGAUAGAUGAGAAAUACAACAAAAUCUGGAUCAAAGAAAGCCAUGAAAAAUGGCUACACAAAAGUAGAAAAUGGAAACGGAAAAGAAAAUUGUAUCGUCAUCAUCAUCACUGUGGGGACAUGACAGCAGCAGAAAUGGAGAUGUCCUCAAUGAGUGAAAAAGAAAUCAGUUACCAAGAUGAAAACAAAUAUCAGCACCUCCAAAAUAAUCCAGAGAAGUGCAGAUAUGAUGUGGGGAAUAUCUGGCUAGAUGCAGGUGAGCUACAGCAUUCGCAUCAAAAACUUGGUAUUGAAAAUUGUCAUAAGAGAGUCAUGUCUGCACCACAUCAUGUACAUGGAGACAGAGCCUGGUGUGAUGUUUGGAGUGCAACCAAUAACCAGCACCAUGGUUGUAAGCAAUGGCACAGAAGGAGCAGAGCAAGUUCUCAGGCAUAUGCAAAGCAGCUGGCUCUGAGUUCCAGGAGGCACAGCCUCAGGUACACUAAAACAUGUUGUAGCUGGAAAGCCAGGAGGUCAAGCUGUAGCCCAGAGCAUAAAUGUUUAGGACACUGCAGUGUGGAAAAGAGUCUGAGUCAAAAACAGUUCAUAAAGAGAGGUUACAGUGUUCUGACAGAAGAAACAAAGAAAUCCCACUGCAAGUGGAGAGAGCAUACCUGUUCCUCUUCAUCAGAAGAAAGCUCGUACGGACAAACAUUAUCAGCAGAGGAAUAUCUGAGGCAAGCUCAAACUAUAGGUACACGUCACAGGACAAAAGGGAAACAAAGGAAAAGAAAAACCAGAAUCCGUCGCAUAUUCCUUGACAGGAAAGCAAGGAGUGAGAACUCCAGACCUUCCACAGAAAGUUCUGCAAAUUCUACGUUAAAUGUUUUGAGGGGCCUCUCAACUCAAGACAGUCUAGAGGAAGUUAGUGCAGAUCCCAAAGCUGAUCAUGCAAAAGACACAGAUGAAAUGACAAAACUGGAGGAAAGCAAGUCAUCUCUAGACACUGACAUUUCACACGUGUUAGAACACAAUGAACCAAGGGUGUGCACAGUGAUGAAGAACACGCUGGGUGUAUUUUCUGAUGUUGUCACUGUGCCCCUUCCUGAGCACCGCGCUCCAGCAGCUGCCAGCACACAGGGUGUUCUGCAAAACGAAAAGAAGACAGAAGAGGUCAACAGUCAUGAAAAUCAGGCUCAUUACAAACCUCCCCUCCCCAACAGACAUUUGGAACAAGCUCCUCCUAGAUCCAGUCUUUGCCAUUAUGAAUUGGCCGAGUCUCUACCACAUGAGAAAAUAAAUGAGAUGACUGGUGAAUGGGUACAGUGUAAUCCUGGUAUAUUUAGCAGCCCACCACCCUUGCCAUUCAAGGAAGCACAUGUAAACAGUCACAGUUUUUUAACUACUGAGCAGUUACUAGCCCCUUUUACCCCGCCUGAUCAGACACUGAUAUUCCCUCCAGAUAAACACAACAAAUUCAAAGAUCUCCCGUCUGAGGCCUAUCAGCAGAUCAUGCCACAGAACAUACUGGCCAGCAAAGUGAAGUUCACCUUCCCUCCCACACCAAUCCAGCCCCCGAAUUCCCCACUGCAGCCUGUACCCCUGCAGCCGCCAUUGUGCUCUACCUCCAUCACCACCAUCCACCACACUGUCCUACAGCAGCAUGCCGCUGCUUCACUGAAGGUUCUCCAGCCCCACCAGCAGUUUCUCUCACAGGUCCCGGCUCUUUCCCGAGCUCCUUUACCUCAUGUGCCAGUAGGACCAAGGCUUUGCCCAGGGGUUCACACAGCUUUUGUCACCGCACCGCACUUGCCACUGCUGCCACCCUCAGUCCUGCCACCAAGCCCGCCGGCAUUCCCACUGCUGCCGCACACCGUCUUCCCAUCCCUGCUGUCCCCACACCCUACUGUCAUCCCCCUGCAGCCCCUCUUUUAGGAUGGGUUCUCAGGGCUGGGGGAAGGAGCCCUCAGCUCAGUGGUCCUGCUGCUUCUACAGCCCCCCUCGACUUUGCAGGAUGGUUCUGUGAAAUGAACUGGUUAAAAUUCCUUGUUCCUUGGGAAGCAUUUACUGUAAGUACAAUGAUGCAAACAUUCAUGUUGAGGUCAGACCUGUACUAUAACAAAAGCACUAAAUAGUCUGAUGCUAGUAUGAACUCUAUAUGUAAGUGAAAAUCAUGUCUUAGAAUAUGUACAAUAUAAAUAAAAUAUAUUUAUAGUUCUAUAACAUGUUGUAUUCACUUUUUUGUUUUUAUCUUUGUGUAUUUGCACCUAUUUAAUGUUUAGACAAAGCUGAUGCACUAUGUUUUGUACUAUGUCCUCUGAAACUGUAAAUCUGGUGACAAAUAUCUCUUGCAAUAAAUUUUUGUUAACUACUUAAGUAUAUAAAAAAAUCUUUCGUUAUAAGCCUCAUGGAUGUUGCUCUUCCAUGGUUUUCUGCAGCUGAAUAGCAUCCUCUGCCCCUACUCUGUUUGAAUAAUCAGGUUUCCUAUGCAUCAGUGAUUUAUCAAGGAGGCUCAGAGGCUAAUACCUUGAGGUAUUGUCUCGCUGAGCAAGAGAGGAAGAUUAAUAGAUGUGUUUGUGUUAGCAGCUUGAAGUUACCAUGACAAAUUGUGCCUACUUGUAGUAUGUGCACAAACUGCUCACUGUUGGAGCUAAUCCCUUUUGUACUAAACCACAAAAUGAUGAUGUAACAAAAAUGACAUCAAUGAUGGCCUGGGGGGAAUAUCAACAGCAGUUUGACUUCCAGGGAAUAUUGCUCACACUGGAAUGGUGAAGCACAGGGAAGAUCUUGGCUCCACCAAGCAGUUGUGCUCUGACUGCGCACAGCCCUUGAUGGGGCAGAUCUGUUUGGGUGAGGUCCUUCCUGCCUGUGCAGUGUGUGACAAUAACAAGGAUGCAUGAGUAUGAAGGGGAUGUCAGGUGGAGGUUCACAUGGGGAAACCCACCAGGGUUUGAGACAGAUUCUCACCUCACUUUCACCCUCUCUUUCCUGAAGCAGUUUGCCAAAGUAGAAUAACAUUGAAUAGAGAUCAGCUAAAAUAAUAAUAUGCUGCCAUUGCUUCUAACUCUAUUUCAAAGACUUCUCCCUACCUCUGCAGUCUGUUUAUUGCUUUAGCAGCUAUAAACAGCUUUAGGCAGUGAAAUCUCCACAUUUGCUUUAGUUUGGGAUGUAUCAGGCCCACACCUACAACAAAACCAAAGACAUUCUGAGAUAGAACCAUCUUUUUGAGUUAAAAUGAAGUGUUACCACGUGAAUGAAGCUAAGGAUUUGCAGCAUGACCCUUAGUGCUAGAAGUAGGCCCUCUGUAAUGGAAGGUAGGUGUUAGCAAUCCAAUUAAUUACUUAGUUUCACCUUUUUAUGUG